AUGGCGGGGGCGCCGCGCGGCCGAGGCGGAGGCGGCGGCGGAGGCGGAGGCGGCGGCGGCGCGGGCGAGCCCGGGGGCGCCGAGCGGGCGGCGGGGCCGGGCGGCCGGCGCGGGCUGCGGCCGUGCGGCGAGGAGUUCGCGUGCCCCGAGCUGGAGGCGCUGUUCCGCGGCUACACGCUGCGGCUGGAGCAGGCGGCCACGCUGAAGGCGCUGGCCGUGCUCAGCGGGCUGGCGGGCGCGCUGGCGCUGGCGGAGCUGCUGGGCGCGCCGGGGCCCGCGGCCGGCCUGGCCAGGGGCUCGCACCCCGCGCACUGCGUGCUCUUCCUGGCGCUGCUCGUGGUCACCAACGUGCGCUCGCUGCAGGCGUCGCAGCUGCAGCAGGUCGGCCAGCUGGCGCUGCUGUUCAGCCUCACCUUCGCGCUGCUCUGCUGCCCCUUCGCGCUCGGCGGGCCCGCGGGCACCCACGCCGGCGCGGCUUCGGGGACGGCGGCCGCCGACCACGGCGUCUGGCAGCUCCUUUUGGUCACCUUCGUGUCCUAUGCCCUGCUGCCCGUGCGCAGCCUGCUGGCCGUCGGCUUCGGGCUCGUGGUGGCCGCCUCGCAUUUGCUGGUUACGGCCACCUUGGUGCCCGCCAAGCGCCCGCGUCUCUGGAGGACGCUCGGUGCCAAUGCCCUACUCUUCCUCAGUGUGAACAUGUACGGGGUGUUUGUGCGGGUCCUGGCCGAACGCUCCCAAAGGAAAGCCUUCCUGCAAGCCCGGAACUGCAUUGAGGACCGGCUCAGGCUGGAGGAUGAGAACGAGAAGCAGGAGCGGCUGCUUAUGAGUCUUCUGCCCCGGAAUGUUGCCAUGGAGAUGAAGGAGGACUUCCUGAAGCCCCCCGAGAGGAUUUUCCACAAGAUCUACAUCCAGCGGCACGACAAUGUGAGCAUCCUCUUCGCGGACAUCGUGGGCUUCACAGGCCUGGCGUCGCAGUGCACAGCCCAGGAGCUGGUGAAACUCCUGAACGAGCUCUUCGGCAAGUUUGACGAACUGGCCACGGAGAACCACUGCCGCCGCAUCAAGAUCCUCGGGGACUGCUACUACUGUGUGUCGGGCCUCACCCAGCCCAAGACCGACCACGCCCACUGCUGCGUGGAGAUGGGGCUGGACAUGAUCGACACCAUCACGUCGGUGGCCGAGGCCACGGAGGUGGAUCUGAACAUGCGUGUGGGGCUGCACACUGGCCGGGUCCUCUGCGGGGUCCUCGGCCUGCGCAAGUGGCAGUAUGACGUGUGGUCCAAUGACGUGACACUGGCCAAUGUCAUGGAGGCCGCCGGCCUACCCGGGAAGGUCCACAUCACCAAGACGACCCUGGCUUGCUUGAAUGGGGACUACGAGGUGGAGCCGGGGCAUGGGCACGAGAGGAACAGUUUCCUGAAGGCUCACAACAUUGAGACCUUCUUCAUCGUGCCGUCACACCGGCGGAAGAUAUUUCCAGGGCUGAUCCUGUCCGACAUCAAGCCCGCCAAGAGGAUGAAGUUCAAGACGGUUUGUUACCUGCUGGUGCAGCUCAUGCACUGCCGGAGGAUGUUCAGGGCGGAGAUCCCCUUCUCCAACGUCAUGACCUGCGAGGACGACGACAAGCGGAGGGCGUUGAGAACCGCGUCGGAGAAACUCAGAAACCGCUCGUCCUUCUCUGCCAACGUCGUGCACACCGCGCCGGGCACGCGGGUCAACAGGUACAUCGGCCGCCUCCUGGAGGCGCGCCAGAUGGAGCUGGAGAUGGCGGACCUGGACUUCUUCACCCUGAAGUACAAGCAGGCGGAGCGCGAGCGCAAGUACCACCAGCUGCAGGACGACUACUUCACCUGUGCCGUGGUGCUCGCGCUCGUCCUGGCCGCCGUGUUCGGCCUUGUCUACCUGCUCAUCAUCCCGCAGAGCGUGGUCGUCCUGCUGCUGCUGGUGUUCUGCAUCUGCUUCCUGGUGGCCUGUGUCCUGUACCUGCACAUCACCCGGGUCCAGUGUUUUCCAGGAUGCCUAACUAUCCAGAUUCGCACCGUCUUGUGUAUUUUCAUCGUGGUCCUAAUCUACUCCGUGGCCCAAGGCUGUGUGGUGGGCUGCCUGCCCUGGGCCUGGAGCUCCAGCCCCAACGGGUCCCUGGUGGUCCUGGCGCCCGGCGGCCGGAACGCCCUGCUGCCUGCCGCGCCCUGCGAGUCGGCCCCCCAUGCCCUGCUGUGCGGCCUCGUGGGCACCCUCCCGCUGGCCGUCUUCCUGCGGGUGUCCUCGCUGCCCAAGAUGAUCUUGCUGUUUGUGCUCACGGCGUCCUACAUCCUGGUCCUGGAGCUCAGCGGGUACACCCGGGCCUCGGGGGGUGGCGCGGUGUCUGGGCGCAGCUUCGAGCCGAUCGUGGCCGUCCUGCUGUUCUCCUGCACGCUGGCCCUGCACGCGCGGCAGGUGGACGUCAAGCUGCGGCUGGAUUACCUGUGGGCGGCACAGGCGGAGGAGGAGAGGGACGACAUGGAGAGGGUGAAGCUGGACAACAAGCGGAUCCUCUUCAACCUCCUGCCGGCCCACGUCGCUCAGCACUUCCUCAUGUCCAACCCCCGGAACAUGGACCUGUACUACCAGUCCUACUCGCAGGUGGGCGUCAUGUUCGCCUCCAUCCCCAACUUUGACGACUUCUACAUCGAGCUGGACGGCAACAACAUGGGUGUGGAGUGCCUGCGCCUCCUGAACGAGAUCAUCGCCGACUUUGAUGAGCUCAUGGACAAAGACUUUUACAAGGACCUGGAGAAGAUUAAGACCAUCGGGAGCACCUACAUGGCUGCCGUGGGGCUGGUGCCCACGGCCGGGUCCAAGGCAAAGAAGUGCAUCUCCUCACACCUCAGCACGCUGGCCGACUUCGCCAUCGAGAUGUUUGACGUCCUGGACGAAAUCAACUACCAGUCUUACAACGACUUUGUGCUCCGCGUCGGCAUCAACGUUGGCCCCGUGGUGGCCGGGGUGAUCGGGGCUCGAAGGCCACAGUAUGACAUUUGGGGAAACACGGUCAACGUGGCCAGUCGGAUGGACAGCACCGGUGUCCAGGGCAGAAUCCAGGUGACCGAGGAGGUUCACCGGCUGCUGCGAAAGGGCACCUACCGCUUCGUGUGCCGUGGGAAGGUCAGCGUCAAGGGCAAGGGUGAGAUGCUGACGUACUUCCUGGAAGGCCGAACCGAUAGAAAUGGCUCCCAGGCCAGGUCCCUGAACGCAGAGCGGAAAAUGUGUGCUUACGGGCGACCUGGCCUCCAGACCAAACUGGGCACAGGCCCGCCCCCCAUGGCCCCCAUGGCUGGCCCCCCAGUCAGAGCCGGGCUAGGGGCUCUGCAGGGCUCGGGGCUCCCACCGGGCCCUCACGGCCAGCACCCGCCCCCCGGAGCAGCUGGGAAGGAGGCUUAG